AAACUACAAGUGCGCCAUCUUUAAUAAUGAAAAGUUGUAUUUCAAAAUGUAUGAUGUCCAUACAAUUACUAAAAUUUUAAUUAUAAAACAUAUGUAUUAUUAAAAUUAAUACUUUUAUUAAGAAAUUGAAAUAUAAUAAAUCUUCAAUUUUUUUAAAAAAAAAGGAAACGACAAAAAACGAUUUCCAUGAUUAUAUAUUUGUUCUACUUCCAUAGAAUUUAAACAUGGAUCAACUGUCACAUUGUCAGCACUUAAACGCCAUAACGUGUGUAGUAUAACAUUGAAUCUUAAUUUUCUUUUUCAAAUAAUUUCAAGAUUGUUCAACAUUUCCAAUUUACGUAAAAUGUCUCAAAUAAUAGAGAUUAAAACUGAAAAAAAAAAUGUUGCAACACAAACUCGUGAAAUUGAUACUAUGUUAGAAAUAGCCCGCUUGCAGGAACAAGUGAAACUUCUAACUAUUGAAAUUAAUCAUUUGAGGAAAUAUUCUGUUGAAAAUUCGAUGAUUCAAACACCUGAGAAAAAUUCUAAUAACAUACUUGAAUCUCCUAUAGAUAAUGAAACAUUACAAAAAAAUUCACAAAGUGAAAAAAUAGAGAGAAAAAAUAGUAAAAUAAUAUCACGUGGUUGUAAUUGUAAAGGAAAAUGUUCUUCUAAAAUCUGUGGUUGUGUAAAAAAAAACAAUCAAUGUCAAGAAUGGUGUAAAUGUAAUAAUGAUAUUUGUCAAAAUCAGGAACAUAAAGAUCAAAACAAAGAAAAUUUAAAACAUAAUGAAUCAUAUGAACAUAUGGAAAAUCAACAAAUAAAUAAAAAUACAUCACAUGUUAAUGCACAUAAAAGUCUGUUUAGUCCAAAUAUUACAAUACAAGAAGUAGUUUUUAAUGUAGAUCAAUAUAAACCUCCAGCACUUUAUUUUGGAGGUCCAAAAGAAUUAAAAUUUGUAUCAGAUGAAGAAGAACAAAAAGAAAAAAAAAAUGAAAAAUUAAAAAAAAUAGAAAAUAAAAAUGAUAAAAAGAAUAUAAAAAAUGUUAGAACUAGAAGAAAUAAUUUUGAUAUAAAUAAUUCUGAAAAUAUACAAAGAUCUAAAUCUAUUUCUAAUGAAAAGAAACAAGGAGAAAAUAAUAUAGAAAUAAAAAAACGUGCAUUAAGAAGUUGUACUUCUAAUGAAAUUCAAAUAAGUAAGGAAUUUAAACAUGUAAAAAAACAAACAAAUAAUUAUGUUCAAAAUGUAAUGAAUGAUAUGGUAACUUUGCGACAUAAAAAGAAAAGAGCUGAAGAUAAAAAUAUGAAAAAAACAAUAAAUAAUACUGAUGUUUCAAAAGAAGAGGCUACCCCUUUCUCAGAAGAUAUGAAAGAAAUAUCUAGCAAUGAAACAAAUGAAAUUCUGAACUUUGUAGGAGAAAUAAAUUCUCAUGAAAUAGACAUUUGUAAUGAAAAUAAAUCACAUGAUAAAGAUAGUGAUAAUGAUUUUAAUCCUAUGAAACCUAAACAUGAAAUACCUAGAACACCAAUUCAUAGUCCAAAUCAAAAUAUGACAAUAUCUUGUAACAUUUCUGAUACAUCAUUAGUCAUAUCUGCUAAUUCUACAAUAAAAGAACAAGAACAAUAUCAAGAUCCUGUAGAAUUCAGUUAUGCUCAAGUAAAUUGGGAGGAAUAUCAGUCUCAGCUUGUUACAUGUAAUAAAUGUAAAAGAAAAUUUCAUCCAUUAAGAAUUAAGAAACAUGAAUCCUGUUGUAAAAAAAUUAUGAAGUAUGAUUUUAGUCAAUAUGCCUUCUAUGUUAAGAUUUAUAAUAUGACUAAUACAUUUUUUUAUAUUUACAAAUUAGACAGGUUCGAUAAUAAAAUAAAUUUUUUACAACUUUGGCCCAUUUAAUAUAAUUAUACUAUCAGAAUCUACUAUACAAUGUUUCUCAAAUAUCAACUAACAAUACAAUAGAACUACUCACACACAAUAAUAUAUAUAUAAUAUAUAUAUAUAUAUAUAUAUAUA